AAACAAAUAUGACUGCAGGUGAAGCCCUUGAAAGAGCUAGCUUUUAAUUCACAAAAUAUAACCGCGACGAUGACAUCUCGUCAGUUUCAGGUCAUGCUUGAUGUCUUGACCCAUCUUUUAUUCGCUCGGUUUCCCAAGCCUCCGAGAGGCAAUUUAUUUCAGGAUGACGAAGAUGUGGAGGAGGAAGCAGAUGCGGUGGUACCUGAUGGUGUGGAAGAAGUUGAACUGGCAAGAGUGAACCUCGAACAGAAAGAAAGAAUGCACAAGCUGCUCCUUGAUGACAUCAAGAAAUUGUCCCUCUGUAAUAACGGUACUGUCGAGAAAGAUUUAGAGAAGGAUGGUAAUUUUUGGAUGAUCACUGGUGGAACAGCGGCAUUGGUGCAAAGACUAAAUAAAGAGCUUGUAGAUGCAAAGAAGUCUAGAAAAGAGGCAUCUGCUUCUUUGAGGGUGACUCUGAAAGAGGCUGCACAAAUACGGCUACUGGAGAAAGAGAAGAACAAAAGUCCAUCUUAUGCAAUGCGCAUCUCUAUGCAGAUGACUAAAGUGGUCUGGGGAAUGCUUGUGGAUGGAAAAACUUUCGCUGAAGCUGAGAUCAAUGAUAUGAUCUAUGAUUAUGACAGAGAUUACAAAGAUAUUGGUGUCUCUAGGUUCACUACCAAAUUUUUUGUUGUGAGGAACUGUCUACCAAAUGCCAAGUCUGAUAUGGUACUGUCAGCAUGGAAUCCUCCGUCCGAAUGGGGAAAAAAGGUGAUGCUUGGAGUCGAUGCAAGACAGGGAGCUCCAAAGGAUGGAGAUUCUCCUAUAGAACUGUUCCAGGCUGAAAUUUACCCUUUAAAGAUAUAUUUGGCAGAGACUAUGUACAAAAUGAUAUGGGGGUACUUAUUUCCAGAAGAAAAACAAGACUCACAGCGGCGGCAGGAAGUUUGGAAGGUUUCAACUGCUGCUGGAUCCAGACGACACAAGAAAGAUGCUGAUAUUUCUAAAUCAGGAGCUUCUGCUGCCCCUUCAAACUCUGCCAACAAUCAGCCUUCAGCCUCCUCUGAAUCAUCCCAAGCAUCAAAGUUUCUAAGCUCGAAAUCUAAUCCUGCUACAGGCUCAAACAGAGAGCUAAGACGAACAUCUUCGUUUGACAGAUCAUGGGAAGAAACAGUUGCAGAGUCAGUAGCGAAUGAACUUGUACUACAGGCUCAUUCGUCAAGUUUGUCGUCAUCAAAAACGGCACAUCUUAGUGUUGAUCAAGAUGAACCUUCGAGAAGUAAAUUAAAGGAAUCCAAGCCCUCCAAAUCUGGUCGUCCUUCUCAAGACGAUAAAAAGGUGGGGAAGCCUCAGGAUGAGAAAAAACCCAGUCCUCGGAAAUUAAAGGAGUUUCGUAAUAUCCAUAUCAGUCAGGUUGAGCUUCUGAUAAGUUAUGAAGGCUCCAGAUUUUCUGUGAGUGAUCUAAGGUUGUUAAUGGACGAAUUCCGUCGAGAAGAAUUCACAGGCACAUGGGGGAGACUCUUCUCAAGAAUUAAGAAGCAUAUUGUUUGGAGUGUUCUCAAGUCAUUCACCGGAAUGCAGGGUAAAAAGUUUAAAGACAAAUCACAGAGUCAGAGAGAAGUCAUUGCGGCUAGUGUAGCUGAAAAUGAUCCCAGUUUAAGCGAUGUUGAAGGUCUUUCGACAGGAAACCCUGAGCAGUUAGCCUGGCCUAGACGUCCUACUGAUGGAGCAGGUGAUGGAUUUGUUACCUCCAUAAGGGGUCUUUUUGGUACCCAACGCCGCAAGGCCAAGGCCUUUGUGCUUCGGACAAUGAGGGGUGAAGCAGAUAGCAAACAACAAGGUGAGUGGAGCGAUAAUGAUGCAGAGUUCUCUCCGUAUGCUAGGCAAUUAACGAUAAACAAAACCAAGAAGCUUAUUAGACGUCACACAAAGAAGUUGCGCUCCAAAGGGCAGAAAGGUAUGCCUUUUCAGAAGACAGAUGCACCUUCGUCGCCAGCAGGAGAGAUUUCACCAGUUGGAAGCGAUUCAUCUAGUGGAUCCUCCUCCUUUGGGGACUUCUAUGAAUAGAAAAGCUCGAGCGAUCUCAAGAUCAUAUAUAACUGACCAUUGUUAGUUUUUACUGCACUUCCAGUGUCACAUGGUUUUGUUAAAUUGUGUGGUUCUUUAACUCAACAAGAUAUGUUCUGCAGUAAAUUUAAUUAACACGACCCAAAAGACUGUUGUAUCCAG